CGAGUCGAGUCGAGUCAAGUCGAUGUUCAUGUGCGUGACAACGAAAGCCAGCACCGCUGCUUCUUCUUUCCCGCAUCCACUUACUUCGUUUGAAGCUCCUGCCUUUGUUUUUGAGAAUGAUGAGGCCUUCACAGCCUCGUGCAUGAUGAAGUGUGGACUGUCGCAUGAGCCAGUUACAAUGUCAUCUGACUGGUGGAGCCAGGAAUAUCAAAAAUGAAAUCAGAGGUAGAAAGCUCUUUGGAGCUCUUUCAUUGGAGCAACACAGCCAUAUGCCUUGCUGAGAAAGAAGAAUUGGCUGCAUCUUCAUUCUCCUGCUACCUUUCUCUGAAUUUACCAAUACCCAUCUUCUCAUCUGUGCCUUGUGAAUGCUGAUACUUUAUCAAGUAAUUACAGCAGCGGCUCUAAUGGUGUCUUCUUGUUUCCUGGUUGCCUUGAGUUCCCAUCAUGGCAUAAAACAAGGGGACUUGUCUGCCAGCCACAGUAGCCAGGUACCGUAGAUCUAGCUAUUAUAGUCUAGCUUGCUUGCUUGCCAUUUUGAUUCCAGUCACGUUUUCCUGAAGAUUUCCAUGAAUGAUCAAUCUGACGAGCUCCAAAACCACAAAAUUCAAACUUUCUCCACGAAUGAGAAAACAGAUCUCAACGACAUCACAUGGGAAAUCUCAUGGGACGGGAAAGCCUCUGAGCGAUCAUUUCCAACGCAGCUACUAGCUAGCCAGUACGAGCACGCUGGUGAACCAAUACAGUAGCGAUCCGUCGAACUGGCAAUCAACCUUGCAACAACACGAAGCACUUGUAAUUUACUGUGGGGUCGUACCAGCAAGAUUGGGGCCAUUAACCUUCAGAUACCAUUUUAGUUACUACAAACAGAUCCACCCAACAGCUCCGAUUCCAUCCAACCAUACCUCUUUUAGAAAUUCACCAUGGUGUGCUGCACACCCCAGUUCUACGCGCUCAUGCGGCGUAAUUUGCUUUAUCGCAGACGAUACUUCAUUGCCACUCUCCUUGAAAUGGCGCUUCCAAUCGCCUUUGCAGGUCUCUUGUUGUGGAUCAAGAACCUGGCCGAUGAUGCCAGCAGCUUUAUACCUACCCGUAUCCCGGCAGACAUUCCUACCCUCUAUGAUACCCUUCAACCGCUGACAUUUUCGGAUUUCGUCACGGCUAUUGUGGCCAAGCGUUACUGCAUAGCACGUGGGGGUGGAAGUUUUGAUAUUACGGGCUUGCCUGAUAACAACUACGAUUGGCAAGUUCCAUUUGUCAAGUGCGAUUCCCGCAACUGUCAGGAAGAUGGAGAAGAGGCAUAUCCCUAUUGCGUCUAUCCCAUCAUGGUGUUGGCACCCAAUGAUGCCUCGGACACGGCCGGUCGAGAACGAGCCCUGAACUUUUCAUCCUACAUUGACAAACGAUAUCCUCAAUUAUCCGAUCCAGAGUUGACGCAUUUCCCAAACAACUAUUCCUUUGUUCAAAUCUUUGAUAGCAGCAAAAGUAUUGAUGACUAUGUCAAAGCCAGCGAUUACGGGACCACUGGAAAGGAACAAAUUGGAGUGGCCGUUGUCUUUCAAGGAAACGACGAAAGCAAUGUUCAAUAUACAAUCCGCGUCAAUAGCACCAAUAUCAACAAGCCUGAGGCUGACGAACUGACUGGAACUACCACACCCAACACGGCCAAACUGUUUGAUCAUCAUGCCAAAUCCGACUCGGUUUGUACACCAGUGGGAGCAUCUGCAAGUCAGGGACCCUUGUCAUCUAGUUGCACUGGACAAUACAUAUACAAUGGAUUCUUGGCCACUCAACGAUUGGUACAGGACUAUGUCUUGGCAGUGGUGACGAACGCCAAGGAAGAAGGCUACUUUGUUGCAGAACAUGGUGUUCGCUAUGUGAAAUUUCCUUCCAAGCCGUAUGAGGUCAAGGGGUUCUAUGGAGAAUUGGCGCAGUUCAUGCCACUCUUGUUGACGUUGGGAAUUCUCUAUCCUUGUGCCGCCAUGAUCUCCUAUAUCGUACAAGAGAAGGAACUGCGACAAAAAGAACUCAUGAAAAUGAUGGGGGUCACCGAAUCUGAGUUGGGAUGGAGUUGGUUCCUCUCCUUUUGGGCCUUUCAUUUUGUCACGGCAACCUUUGUGUCAUUGGUCAGUGGAAACCUCUUUGAAAACUCGGAUUUCAUUCUGCUCUUUGUCUUCUGGCAAUUUUGCUUCCUGGGAUUUGUAGUACUCAGCAUGCUACUGAGUACCUUGGUGUCCAAAACCACUCGUGGCGUCUUGAUAGGACUGCUGGUUGUCUUUGCAGGAUACUUUCUGACUCAAGUGGCCAGUGUGGAAACUGGAAAUCCUGCCGUUCUGUCGCUCGUGUCAUUGCAUCCAGUCAGUGCCAUGGCCUAUGCGAUUCAAGAACUUGGAAGAUUGGAAGAUUCGGGUGUCGGAUUGACCUUUUCGUCCAUGGUAUCCACGGAUGCACCUUCGGGAUACACCUUUAGCAAUGCAUAUGGCAAUCUACUCCUGUCGUCGGUUGUACUGGGAAUUCUCACUUGGUACUUGAACCGUGUCGUUCCGCCUGCCUACGGGCAGGCCUUGCCACCAUGGUUUCCGUUUACCAUGUCGUAUUGGUGGCCAGGAAGAUCGGUCCCCGACGAUGACGGCGAAUUCAAUGAAGCAAAGAACGAGGAUAGCGGCAUCCCCUUGGAGCCCGUCUCGGAUGCGCUCAAGCAACAGGAGCGAGAGGGACAAAACAUUGAAAUUAAGAAUCUGCGCAAGGACUUUGGGGAGAAAGUUGCCGUGGACGGUUUGAACCUCUCGAUCUACAAUGGACAGAUUACAGCAUUACUGGGCCACAACGGAGCCGGAAAGACGACAACCAUUGGUAUGCUCACUGGCGCGUUGGCUCCAACAGAGGGGACUGCAACUAUUGUGGGGAAGGACAUUCGUCGCGACAUGAGAGAGAUUCGAGGCAACAUUGGUAUCUGCCUGCAACAUGAUUGCCUAUUUCCCAAACUCACUGUGAGGGAACACGUCCAGUUCUUUAGUCGAUUGAAAGGCAUAUACGGAAAGAUGUCGAAUGCCGAGGCGGAAGCCAGUAUCGACCAGGCGAUUCGAGAUGUGGCACUCGAGGAAAAAAGCCACACAUACUCGUCCAAUCUUUCGGGCGGAAUGAAAAGGAAGCUUAGUGUAGCAAUGGCUUUUUGUGGGGGGUCCAAAGUUGUGUUCCUCGACGAACCAACCAGUGGCAUGGAUCCAUUCUCUCGUCGCUUCUCCUGGAACGUGAUCCGACAGUAUCGGCAAGAUCGCUGUAUCAUCCUCACCACUCAUUUUAUGGACGAAGCCGACAUUCUUGGGGACCGAAUUGCCAUCAUGUCCGAUGGGGGCUUACGAUGCUGCGGUAGCUCACUAUUCUUGAAGAGAACGUACGGAGUUGGGUACCAGCUCACAAUUGAAAAACCAACAAGCUUCAGCCCCGACGCAAAUGGUGUUGGCUCGGACAUCGUCAACGAGGACGACCUCAAAGACAUUGUGGUUGGUUCCGUCGCGGAAGCAACUCUGUUGAGUGACGUUGGCACUGAACUAAGCUUUCAGCUCCCUUUGAGCGCGUCCGACAAGUUUGUUCCCAUGCUGGAGCGUUUGGACGAUGAAAAGGCAAGAGGGCGUAUUGUCGCCUAUGGCUUGAGCAUCACAACACUCGACGAAGUCUUCUUGCUUGUUGCUCGUGGGGAAGGGAACAAGAAAGAGUUCACGUCGUCACGUUACAACAGCAGCAGCAACCUGGCCACUGGGGAUGACGUUGACGAGAGGAGCGUGAGGUCAAAGAUGGACCUCGACAAUGGAAACCUGUUUGGAACUCACGUUCAUGCCUUGUGGAAGAAGAGAGGAGCCAACUUCAAGAGGGACAAAAAGGCGUGGUGCUGUACCACUGUGACUCCAAGCAUGUUUGUGCUUUUUGGCUUGCUCAUUUUGAAGUAUGCCAUUCCGUCCAGAAAUCUCGAGGCGCUCCCAUUAAACCUGAACGACUACAACCCCGAAAUGCCAGAGGACGAAAUCAGAAACCCAAUCCCUUUCAAUAAUCCAGAAACUUACUACACAUGCAACCCCGGAAGGUGUACGAUGCAACGAGUUAACUAUACCUUGAAAGAUACCAACGAGACAUAUUAUUUCUGCGGGGGGGCAGCCCUUGCGUCGAGUCGGGAAGAGUAUUGUUCGAUUGAUGAUUCGAAGCUAAUGGUUGAUGAACUUUCCCAAGCAGGGGCUGAUGCUGUCGGCGGAGACGUUGAAACCAUCCAGGAGACCGCAAUGUACCUGUUUGCAAGAUCAUACAGUCUUCCUGCGACUAUGUAUGGGGGCAUCUUCUUUACGCACGAGGCUGGCAGUGUCACUCAGUCGAACUCAAACGUUUCUUACGGCGACACCAUCUCAGCAUUGUGCGCAAACAAUACAGGUGAUUACAUGCAAGAAUCUGAGUGCGACCUGUACGGCACCGGGAUUGGCUACGUUGUAACCUACAACUUUACAGCUUUGCACAGCGCCCCUCUUUUCCAAAUGCUUGCUGACGAAUCAAUCGUUCGACACGCAACGGGCAGCUCCGAGUUCAAACUUUCUGCUUCUAUUCAUCCCAUGCCUGUCACCCAGAAAGAAGAAAAGUAUGCUGCUGCGGGCGACUCGAUCAUUCUCUGGUUCCUCGUUGUAUUGAGCUUCCCAUUCAUUGGUGGAGCAUUUGCGACGUUUGUUGUCCAAGAAAGAGAAUCUAAGGCAAAGCAUCUUCAAACAGUUGCAGGGGUCAAACCGUCGGCCUAUUGGAUUUCAACAUUUCUGUGGGAUUCCACAAACUAUCUUAUCCCCUUCACCAUAACAGUCAUUCUUCUCUUCGCGUUUGACAUGACCGUGUUCACUACAACGGAGAAUGGAGUACUCAGCGGUGUCUUGAUGCUUCUUUUGCUGUUUGGCCCAGCAGCGGCUGCGAUGUCGUAUUGCAUCUCCUUCAUGUUCAAAAGUCCAAGCUUGUGCAACGUAUUUAUCAUUAUUUCUGGCUUUUUGAUUGCACUUGGAGCGAGCAUUACGACUCUGAUUCUCAGGUUGAUUGGAACGAAUCCGUUUGAUCCCAAGGACAAGCUUGUGAGAAUCGCAAUAGCUAUUGAGUGGGUGGGCCGCUUUUUCCCAACGUUCUGCCUGGGCAAGGGUCUCUUCUAUGUGAUCAACAUGGAAGGAUACUCUCAACUUCUUGGGAGAAAGCUUUCGGCUUGGGAUCCUGAUAUUCUUCUGUACGAAGUUAUAUUCCUUGCCGCUGAAAGCGUUGUGUAUUUGCUGUUGGCAAUGUACAUAGAUGUGCUGUCUUCCAAUCCUGGCGCAAUGCUAUUUUGGAACAAGCUCUUUGGUUGCCGAAGGUCCUCCAAGUACAGUGAGGUUGCGACCAUUGCUGACGAUGACGACGUUGUCGCCGAACAGGAAAGGGUCUUGAACGGACAAGCCAAUGACGACGCCAUUGUCAUGAGCGAAUUAAGCAAAGUCUAUCAGAACGGCAAGAUUGCAGUUGACAAUAUAUCGUUGGGUAUUGCACCGGGGGAGUGCUUUGGUUUGCUAGGAAUCAAUGGUGCCGGAAAGACGACUGCGAUGGCGAUGCUGACGGCAGAGUUUCCUCCAACAGGUGGCGACGCAACUCUAGCAGGGUACAGCCUCCGUAGAGAGCCCGAGAAAACCCGUCGAAGGAUUGGCUAUUGCCCACAGUUUGAUGCGCACUUCACCAACUUGACAGGCAGGGAACACGUAGAAAUGUACGCUCAAAUCAAGGGCGUUCCUGAUUACAGAGAUGCCGCAGCAACAAAGCUGGCCCAGGUUGGUCUCAGCAAGAAGGACAGCGACCGCCUGAGUUCAAACUACAGUGGUGGUAUGAAACGUCGUCUCAGUCUAGCGUGCGCCACCAUUGGACAACCGGAACUAGUGUUCCUCGAUGAGUGCUCUACUGGGGUAGACCCCGUGGCAAGGCGCGAAAUUUGGCAAAUGGUUUCCGACCUGGUGUCAGAGGAGCGACCAGACAAUCGCAGGGCUAGUGUUGUGCUGACGACCCAUAGCAUGGAGGAGUGCGAAGCGUUGUGCCCUCGCAUCGGAAUCAUGGCAAAUGGGAAACUACGAUGCCUCGGUUCUGCACAGCAUCUGAAGACCAAAUUCGGUAAAGGCUUCCAGCUUGAGUUGAAGGUUGCGGCAGUCUCAAGAGAUGACGAUGACUGCAGGCUUAAUCAAGUGUUCCUAGCUCGAUCCAAGGGACAUAUCGCUGCCGACGAGGAAGAAGUGCCCGAAAACACAGAAGCAUUCUUCAACUUGCAAGAGGCACAGUCAGCCCUUUUCAAUUUGACCCAGGAUGACUACUUGUCCAGUAUGCUGAAUCAGGACAACCCGACAGGAUUUGCAGUAUUCAAGGACGCAACCUCUGCAAGUGGUGUGUCGUUGGGUACUUUGUCUUCAUUUGUCGCAAACGAAUUGAGGAUGCGUCAUCUCGGAGGGGUUGUGUUCGGGCAGUACCCAACCUGUAUUCUACGUGAACGCCAGGACAUGAAGGCGCGCUUCGAGAUUAGCUCUGCAGAUGUGAGCAUCGCCCAAAUUUUUGCGUUCAUUGAAGAGAACAAGGAAAACCUGAGGCUGGCUGAUUAUGGUAUCAGCCAAACGAGCUUGGAGCAAGUCUUCAACAUGCACGCCGCCGAAGCAGAGAGGCUCAAGCAAGGUAGAGUGGACGGCUAAGAAGAGGUAUGCAAGGGAGUUUUUGUUCUAAUUAUUAGCCUAAAUGUAGCUUUUAGCGACUUCUGCGUUUGUG